AUGGUGAAAAAAGAAAAGCCUUCCAGGCACAUCAAAUGUGAAAUUCGGUUCGAUAACAAUCCGCUAUCGGUCUACAGACCAGGUGAUAUGGUUACCGGUGUUGUCGAGCUGACGCUGUUGAAAAACAAGAAAUUCAGAGGCGUUUGUCUAAGGAUCAACGGGUUUGCUUCAACUUACUGGGGCUCGAAAGUAAAGAACAACACAACAAAUUACAAGAAACGUAACGUCAGUUUUAAAGGUCGCGAAGACUAUUUCAACACCAUCAGCUACUUGGUCGGUUCGGAUGUGGGAAAUCCACUGGAAAUUGUUGCCGGUUCCUACAAUUACCCAUUUUCCGUCAUAAUUCCUGCCAAUGCUCCUGCCUCAAUGGAGGGUACAUUUGGUCAUAUUCGUUACAUGAUUCAAUUGACUCUGGAACGACCGUGGAAACAUGAUAUUGUCAAUACGGCUCCAUUCACCGUCAAACUAGACUCCGACCUGAAUUUGCUUUCAGAAACAUUGGCGUUACCAACGAAGGCGGAAACCGUAACAUCGUUUUACUUUGGCCUCACGGAACCAUUGGUAUUAACAGCAACAACCCCACGAUCUGGAUACGCUCCAGGAGAAGUAAUCGAAAUGAUUAUGCACGUGAACAACCAAAGCAUUGUAGACAUCAAAACAAUACUGGUCAAGCUACAGAGAGUUGACACAUACAUAAGUCAAGUUCCAUGGGUUGACCAGAAGAUGGAAAACACGGUAUUAGAAGAACGCUAUACUGGAAAAAUAGGCCGCAGACAAAACGCUCGGUUUGAAGAAAACAUACUCAUUGGAAGUGGAACUCCCACCAAUGACAGUCUUUGUCGUAUCAUCUACACGAAAUAUGAAAUUGAAAUUGUCGUAUACCCCACACGGUCCCGUAAGCGACCGACCAUACGUUUACCGAUUGUCCUCGGCACUGUAGGAUUGACAGUUGGCAAUCGUAACCCCGAAGCGAUCAUCGAAAAGCAGCGAAUGGCGAUGGCAGAUUACACGCCAUCAGCACCUUCAGCUCCAGCGACCACAUCCGACCAACUGGUAAGUGCCCCUCCACCGUACGCAGAACUGCAACAACACUUUGCAAACACUUCACGGUCUAAUUCACUGGAGGAAGCUGCGGAAGACGAAUGUGCCAAGGGUUCCGAACCGUAUACGCCUAGAGAUUAUUGA